CGCUGCUUCCGGCACAUGGCCGGCUCCGCUUCCCCGUGCCCGGCGCUCUCCCGCCUCCGCAGCGCGGCUGCGGCACCCGGCGCCUCCCCAGCGCCUCCCGCUCCCUCCCCGGCCCGGCUGCCAUCGGAAGCCCCGCUGGGGCCGGACGGCACAGCAGGCUCAGGGCACAGGCGGGACAGCAGAGAGCACAUGGUCCAGGAGUCCCACCAGGACAGGGAGCUGGGCACCUGUCCCAGGGAGAGCCCGUCCUUGCACAGCCGCUUCACCAUCCUGACCAUCACCAGGGAGCCUCGGAGCAAGCAUGGAGCCAAGGAUGGAGCUGUGGGGACCAGCCAGGGAUGUACCAGCGCCAGCAGCGGAGCAGCCACCACCUCCCCCACCAUCACCACUGCGCUGUUUGAACCCGACAGAGACGGGCAAACCCCGCAGGUCGUGGUGCUGGUGGGGGCCCCGGGGAUGGGGAAGACAACGAUGGUCAGGAGGGUGAUGGUGGAGUGGGGAGAAGGGACACUCCACACACAGUUUGACUUUGUCUUCUGCAUUGACUGCAAAGCCAUGGUCCUUCCCAUGGAAGCCAGCGUGGCAGACCUGGUCUCACAGUGCUGUCCUGGCCUGCGAGUGCCAGCUGGGAAGAUCCUGGAUGACCAGAAGAAGAUCCUGUUCAUUUUUGAUGGCUUUGAGGCCCUGGGGUUUUCCUUGGUUCAGCCCGAAGCUGAGCUGAGCUCAGACCCCAGGGAGGUGAAGCCGCUGGAGCUCACCAUGAUGAGCUUGUUGAAGAAGACUGUGCUCCCUGAAUCCUCUUUGCUCAUCACCAUGAGGCCAGCAGCUCUUGGAAGCCUGAGGCAGUGCCUGAAGGGUGAGUGUUACGUGGAGAUACUGGGAUUUUCAGCAGCCAGGAGGAAGGAGUAUUUCCACAGGUAUUUUGAGAACCCCAACAAAGCAGACAUGGCCUUCAGGUUUGCCAGAAGCAAUGAGAUCCUCUAUAGCUUGUGUGUCAUCCCUGUGAUGAGCUGGACCACCUGCACUGUCCUUGAACAAGAGCUUUGUGGGAAGAAAAACCUCAUUGACUGCUCCAAAACCACCACAGGGAUGAUACUGUUCUACCUCUCCCAAAUACUGAAGCACAGGGACAAGGACAACCCACAGGUCCUCCAGAAGUUCCUACUCCAGCUUUGCUCCUUGGCUGCUGAGGGUAUCUGGAAGCACAAGGUCGUCUUUGAGGAGAAGGAAAUCAAGGACUGUGGCUUGGACCAGCCAAGUCUUCUCCCCUUCUUCCUCAAUGAAAGUAUCCCAAGGGAAGGAGAAGACCAUGACAGUGUCUAUGCCUUCACCCACCUGCACCUCCAGGAGUUUUUUGCAGCAAUGUUUUAUGUUCUGGAGGAUGAUGAGGAAAUGGCCAGCAGUUUGGGGAAGCUUGACAAGAAUGUAAAUAAAUUAUUGGAAAGCUACAACAAGUCCAGAAAGGAUUUGAAUGUAACAGUGAGAUUCCUCUUUGGUCUGGUCAGUCAGAAAUCCAUAGAGUACAUGGACAAAACCAUUGGGUGCAGAAUUUCACCACGAGCCAGGGAAGAGCUGCUGGAGUGGCUUCAGGGGAGGCACAGAGGCCUCUCCCAACCUGGCAAAGUACUGAAGGUUUCGGAGAUGGACACUUUCCAUUUCUUGUUCGAGAUGAAUGAGAAGAGCUUCGCACAAAGUGCAUUGGGUCAUUUCACUGACCUGGACUUGCGGGACACCAAGCUGACCCUGUAUGACCAGAUGGCUCUUUCCUUCUGCAUCCAGCACUGGGCUGGACUGGGCUGUGUCACCUUCCAGGGGUGCUCCUUCCAAAGGCAGGAUCCUGAGGCGGAGCUGGAUGCAUCAGUGCCUUGCUCUGGAAUCCCGGGAGCCGGAGGACAUCCCAGUGCCCUCGUUGUGCGGCGGCGGGAGGAGCUGCCUUGCCCCAUCCACCUGCUCUGCCGGGCUCUGCGGCACCGGGACAGUGCCCUGCAGGUCCUCCGGCUGCAGUGGUGCCAGCUGUCCGAGAGCUGCUGCGCAGAGCUGGCAGCGCUGCUGGCAGAGCACCCUGGCCUGGCCCGUCUGGAGCUGGCUGACAGCUCGCUGGGGGACAGUGGCGUACGCCUCCUCUGUGAGGGGCUGAGGGCUCCGGGCUGCAGCCUGCGCAUCCUCCGGCUGCGGUAUUCCCGCAUCACCAGCGCCUGCUGCGAGGACCUCGCUGCUGUGCUGAGCACCAACACGUGCCUGGAGGAGCUGGAUUUGUCCUUCAGCGAGGGGCUGCGCGAUGCCGGCGUGGAGCUGCUGUGUGAGGGGCUCCAGCACUGUGCCAGCCCACUACAGACACUGCGGCUGGGCAGCUGCCGGCUGUCGGGCACCUGCUGCCAAGCCCUGGCUGUGCAGCUGCUGCAGGGGCCCCGUCUCACCUGCCUGGACCUGAGUGACAACGAGCUGGGAGCCCAGGGCGUCCUGCAGCUCUGCCAGCAGCUCCGCCAUCCCGCCUGCCCGCUGCAGAUGCUAGGGCUGAGCACGGACGGCUUCAGCCCGGCCCUGCUGCAGGAACUGGACGCCCUGCGGGCACUGCAGCCCGUCCUGAAAAUCGGGAACCUCCUGGAGCAUGACGUGCCGCAGGCAGGGGCCAUGGCCCGGCUGCCCUGCCACCGCGGGCUCCUGCCGGGGGGCAGGAAGGCGCUGCCCUCCGUCAGAAGAACUUCUCUCCUAUAGGAAAAGCCCUUCCAACAAACAGAGCCAUUCCCACCCAGCUCUCAGUGCUGCCAGUGGGUCUGAGCCUGCCUGUCCCGUGGGGCACAGGGAGGAGAUCCUGAUGUAUCUGUGAGGGGGGGUGUCUGGGUCCUGCCCUGUCCCUUUUCCCCUCAGUGUUACUAGGGACAGUUGUGUGUAUUUGGCAGUGCCAAAUAAAGACCUUACAGACAA